AUGGCCAAUCAAACUAUUUACGCAUUGCUCCCAAUUACCUUAAUUGGUUCUUGCCUCAAUUGGACAAUACUCUACGCGAUUCGUAAAUUACAAUCAUUCAAUCAUUCAUUUGGGUACUUAUCUGCCAAUCAGGCUUUGGUACAGAUGCCAUGCAUUCAACUAUUUUUCUACUAUAUUUCAGCCCAAUGGUCUUACUGGAUGAGCCAACAAUGAAGUCGAUGUCUCAUCAUUGCGGAUUCCUUCUUCUUCUAUGUUACGAACUUUCAGUGAUGAUUCAUUUUGCAAUUUCUUUGAACCGUUUCUGCGCAGUAUGGUUACCCUAUCAUUAUCAAAACAUUUUCAGUAGUACGAACACCAAAAUUUUUAUUGGAAUAAUCUGGCUAUUCACUGGUUCUAUGGCUAUUUUUUUCUAUGAGAAAACUUGUCAUUUCUACUAUGAAGAGAGCAUUCAUUUCUUAGUUUUCACAAAUUCCGAGCUCUGUGGAUUUAUUGGUUGGUAUGGAGACUUUCUGAAAAACGCCUCCAUUGUCGCAAUCGUAAUGUCUAUCGACAUAUUAACUGUGCUCAAAGUUCGCAAAAUGACCAGAAAAGCUGCCCCGACAAUCAGCGAUAGAGCACAACACAAGAUGUCUUCACGGGAAAUUAGGUUUCUCAAGCAGACUGUUACGCAAGGCUCUGUUUUUAUGUUAGAGCUUCUGACAUAUUUUUUUGUUCCUCAAUACUUUGAUAACAAAUGGAUUGUCUUUUUUGCCACAUCAUUUGCCUGGGUCGCAGUGCACGCUAUCGACGGAAUGGUGGUGGUGGUUUUCAAUCCAGAGAUUCGAGGAUUCCUACUGUGUCAAAAGGUGAAACAUCAUGUCUCUUCCAUAAGUCAUACAAUUAAUUG